AAAUGGUAACGACGAAUGAAAAGCCUUCUCUUUAGAAGUAAAAUCGACAAUUUUUUUUUCGAGACAUUUCCAUCUCAUUCCGGACAAGUUAUGUCUGUUGUGGGAAUUGAUUUUGGAACUCAAUCCUGCUACAUUGCUGUAGCCAGGACUGGGGGCAUUGAGACUAUAGACAAUGAUUACAGUGAUCGGUGUACACCAAAUUAUGUGUCCUUUGGAGAAAAUGUUCGAGCAAUGGGGAAUUCUGCUAAGAAUCAGUGUAUCACAAAUUUUAGGAAUACAAUCUAUUCUUACAAGGAAUUACUUGGAAGACCUUAUUCUGAUGAACAAGUGAAAAUAGUACAAGAGAAAGUUCCCUAUAAGAUCACUGAAAAUAAAGGUCAGACACUUGUAGAAGUUCAGUACAGACGGGAAACUAACCAAUAUACUCCUUUGCAAAUCACAGCUAUGAUGUUGAUGAAACUGAAAGAAACUGCAGAAGUAGCCCUGAAAGCCAAAGUUGUUGAUUGCGUUGUAUCUGUACCAGCAACAUAUACCGAUAUGCAAAGAAGAGCCAUGUUAGAUGCAUGUCAGACAGUUAACUUGAAUUGUCUACGUAUUAUGAAUGAUACAACUGCCACAGCUUUAGCAUAUGGAAUCUAUAAGCAAGAUCUACCUGAAGAAACUGAAAGUAGGCGUGUUGUAGUUUUUGUGGAUAUGGGCUAUGCACAUUUACAAGUUUCAGCUUGUGCUUUUAAUAAGGGAAAACUUAAAAUGUUAGGCAUUUCAAAAGGAAAUGUUGGAGGCCGUGAUUUUGACAGUGUAAUUGUGGAUCAUUUUGUUUCAGAAUUUAAAAAACAGUACAAAGUUGAUGCCAGUACAAACAAAAAAGCUCUGAUUCGUCUAACACAUGAAUGUGAAAAGUUAAAAAAGCAAUUGAGUGUAAACAUCAAACCAUCACCAUUCAAUCUAGAAUGUUUUAUGGAUGAUAAAGAUGUUUCUGGUAAACUUGAUCGUCCAACUUUUGAAGAGAUGUGUUGUCCGCUUUUACAUGUGGUAGAAAACACCUUUAAGACACUGCUGAAUAAUUGUGAUCUCAAACCAUCAGAUUUGCAUUCUGUUGAAAUAGUUGGUGGUGCAUCACGUAUUCAUUCUGUAAAAAAGUUGGUGAAAUCAGUAUUUGGCAUUGAACCGAGCACGACUAUGAAUGCUGAUGAAGUUGUAGCAAGAGGAUGUGCAUUACAAUGUGCCAUUUUGUCACCUACAUUCCUUGUUAGAGAUUUUACUAUUUUAGAUUGCCAACCCUAUGGUAUCACAGUAUCAUGUGACACUAAAGAUGAUGAAUCAAAGCAUGAAAUUUUUCCAAAGUUUCAUCCCAUACCAUUUUCAAAGAUGCUGAGUUUCUACCGCAAGGAACCAUUCCAAAUAAAUAGUUAUUACUCACCAACAGACCAAGUCUCUGAUUCCCACAAAUUCAUAGGCUCAUUUAAAGUAAAAGAUGUUGUCCCACAGGCUAAUGGUGAGAAAUCUAAGCUGAAAAUCAAAUUAAGAGUUAAUAUCCAUGGUAUAUUCACUGUUGCUUCGGCUUCUUUAGUUGAGAAAAUUACUGCUGACGAAACUAUAGAGAUGGAAGUUGAUAAGAAAGGUAAAAAAAAUGAAGAGUCAAAUGAGGAACUGUCCAACUCUAAUAACAAAAAUGAAGCAGAAACAGAGCAGUCAUCAAAAAUGGACCAAGAAGAAGAAAUGAACACUGAUAAUAAUAAUAAAGAUGUACCAAUUGAAAAUGGCAAUUUAAAAUCUGAUUCAGCUAAUGAAGAAAUUAAAGAACAAGCAAAUAAAAAGUCCAAAAAAGUGAAACUGAUAGACUUACCUAUAGAAGCAAAUGUACCUCAAUUAUCAAAAGAGGAAUUAAAUAUUUAUAUUGAGAAAGAAAACCAGAUGAAAGCGCAAGACAAACUAGAAAAUGAGAGAGCUGAUGCAAAAAAUGCUGUGGAGGAGUAUGUGUAUGAAAUCAGAGAUAAAAUCUAUGGUCCCUUAGAGAAGUUUAUCAAAGAAGAUCAACGUAGUCAGUUAAGUGAAAUGCUAGAUGCAACUGAGAAUUGGCUUUAUGAAGAGGGAGAAGAUCAGAAAAAACAAGUAUAUAUUGAUAAAUUAGCUAAAUUGAAAGAAUUUGGACAGCCUAUUCUUAAUCGCUAUCAUGAAAGUCAAGAGCGGCCAUUAGCAUUUAAUGAGUUAGGAAGCUUAAUGCAAAGUUUGGAUAAAGCUGUAGAUUUAUAUCAACAAAAGGAUGAAAAGUAUAACCAUCUAGAAGAGUCAGAAAUAGAAAUUAUUGUGAAGGAAGUGAAAGAAAAACGCAGCUGGUUUGAUCACCAUCAAAAUUUGCAAAACCAACUUCAACUUUAUGAAGAUCCUAUUGUUACUGUAUCUCAGAUUAUUGUUCAGAAGCGAUCAUUAGAGUCUGCAUGUUAUCCUAUUCUGAAUAAACCAAAGCCCAAAGUGGAAGCAGCACCCCCUCCACCUAAAGAAGAGACUACUACUUCAGAAGAAUCAGUUACUGAGGACAUGGAAACAAAGCCUGAAAAGACAGAACAAACUCAGAAAACAGAUGAGAAAAUGGAAGUAGAUUAAAAAGCUGGUCUUAUUGAAAGAAAAAAAAAUUAAUCAUUUAAAAUAACCAAAGUGAAAAGAAAUUGAAAAUUUCUAUAAAGAAUAUCCAUUAAAGGUAUUUGCAAAAUA